AUGGAACGUCAAGGUACGGGAUCGGGCGGUCAAAGCAUACCAAAAUUAAUGCUCAUGGGGAGUAGCACGGCAUCGGAAACGACAACAAACACGUCAACGGAUUCAUCGAAUACUGUGUAUACGAUGGUAACGGUAACGGAUGCGGAACAGGAAGAAAAAUUCGAACACGAUUUAUUAGAAAAUAAAUCCCUUAUGAAAAAAGAUGAAAAAUAUCAAACGAAACAGACGAAAGAAAAUUUCGAAUCGAAAAGAGAAUUAAAAGAUCAUAAAAAAAUACAAGAGACGACGACAACACGAACGAGAAACAUAUUAAGCGAAUUUGACGAAUUAUUUUUAGAAAAUGAAAAGAGAAUAAAUGCAGAUAAAAAGUUGAGAAGUAAAACUAAUAAUAAUAAUAAAAUGGGAAUGGUAGAGCAUCAGGAAAUACAAGAUGAUAAUAAUAGUAGUAAAGGAAUUUACGAUACUGAUAUUAGAUUAACCGAAUUUGAAGGGGAUGUCGGUGAAUUAAAGAAAAAAAAUAAAAAUUAUGAAAAGAUUAAAAAGGAAAAAUUAUACGAAACAACAAAUGAUGAUAAACAAAUAAAAAGUACAAAUCAGGACCAAAUUUUUUUUCAUGCUCCAGCUCCCGGAGCUCCUCCUCCAACACCUCUAACCGGAAGUUAUCAAAAAGAUCAAAAUUUCUUUUCGAAAUUAUCCGCAAUAGAUGAGAAAACUAUAAAAACAUUAGAAUCUGUUUUCGAAUGCGAUAAUGAGGAAAACGUAACAAAAAAUGAGGAAAAACCAAGAUCGAAUAUUCGUACGAUUCAAAGCGAAUUACCACAAAGAACGUUUACUUCGAAUUUUAAUAAAAGAAAAAAAAUGGGAGACCAAGAUGAUAACAAAUGGAAUCAAUCAGAAUUAAAUAAAAUUUCGCCAAAAUAUUCUCCGAAAAUGUCACCCAAGUCCGGAAAUAAAACAACCGAGGGAACUUUAUUUCCGUUUCCGCCAAGGAGUUCCUCACCUAAAUCAAUAUCUAGAUCUUCUUCGCCUAAAUUAAAAAGAGAUAUAUCUAGUAGCCUUAAAAAAUUGGCUGACAUAUCUUCUUCCUUUAAAAUAAAUAUUAAUGAUGUGAAAGAACAAGAUGGCUCAUCAAAGUCGGAAUUGUUGACUCGUUCAAAUUUGGAAAAACACGAGAAAAACACUCAAGAAGACUUCAACAAACAUCAAUCAAAAUUUGAAAGUAUUUUUAAUAUGGAUUCGCCGACAACAUUGAAAAGUUCUCCUCCGGCUGAAAGUUACCUUAAUUUGACGGAAAAUAAUUCAAAAUUUGAAUUUCCAUGUUGCUCAUCUCCAACUGAAAACAAUAACACUCUCGUCACAGUGGGAGUUUCGGAAAAUUCAAAUCAAGAAAACGAUAUUACAAAUUCAACAAAACAUAUCAUUAAUAAAAAUGAAGAAAAUAUUGUGAAUGACAAUCAGAAUAGGCUUAGCAAUAAAAGAAAAAAAAGAAAUGAUAGGAAAUCAAUUAGUUCAGAUUCUCCGGUGAAAUUAUUAGAAUCUGAUGAAAAAGUAUUGCAGAACAGAAGGUCGAAAGAUGUUAUCCACGAUUCUAUUAUAAAUGAAAAAUUUGAGUGUCGGCAAAAUCGUAAAUAUUCAAUAUUGACAAAUGAUGGGAGCAUAAAAAAUUUCGUCAGCGAAAGCAGUGAAGAAUUUAAAAAAACCAAUGAAAAUUUUAAUAAAGAAAAUAUAGUUAAAAAGAAAAGUGGAAAUAGAAGAAGCAGCGAUUGUCCCCAGAGGCACCGAAGGGUUUCCAUUGUACAAGGAGAGUCGUUGAGACAUUUCAUAUUUGAAGAACCGGACACGUCAAAAAUGAAACCUAAUAAACAGAGAAAAGUAUCGAUGGUACCCGAAGACACGACAAGAAACAUUCUUCUGGAAGAUAUUUACAAAAGAAAGUCGAGCAUGGUUCCUGGUGAUACCCUGAGAAAUUUGUUGGGGGAUGAAACGGGUAGAAAGUCUUCCAUUGUACCUGAUGACAAACCUCGAAAAUUUUCCAUAAACACUUUAGGUGACAUAGUCAGUGCUAGAAAAUUUUCUUUACUUCCUCCCGGAGAAAUUUAUACUUCUCAGAUAGACGGUAAAACAACCGAAAUAAUAAAAUUAACCCCUGGAACGAAAGGACGUCCGCUUGCAACCAUAGUUGUUCAGCAGGCAAGUAUUCAAAGAGGAAGCAUCUCAGGUCCCAGCGGUCAAAGAGAAGAUUCACUACUAGAUGUGGCUAAUACUUUCACUCUGGAAGAACUCCAUGAGUUUGACAUGAAGUCGAUCGUGUGGUCGUCCAAAUUAUUUAUGCCUUCCACAACAGAGAUCCCGCGUUGCUUCUAUGCCAAAUACCGGAGUUGA